AUGAGCAUUAAUCCUAUAAUUGGUGAGAUUCCUAUGUCAAUCGUCAAUCUUGUGAACUUGGAGCUCUUGAGGAUAGAGCAUACCAUUCUUUCAGGUGCUAUCAUGUUUAAUGUGGGAAAUCUUCAAAAUCUGGUGAUCUUGAGACUCUCCAAUAACAGUCUAUCGGGAAUGAUUCCAUCCUCUUUGCAGAAGAUGAAGAAAUUGUCUAUUUUAUAUCUUGAUGGGAAUCACUUUCAUGGCCAUAUUCCUUCACAUCUAGAUAAGUGUCAAAGUCUGAUGUGGCUUGAUCUUUCUAACAACAAUCUCAGUGGUUCCAUCUUCUUAGCAGUUAAAACUCUCAUGUAUUUGAACUUGUCUCACAACCAUUUUAAUGGGGCCCUUCCGGCAUACGUAGGACAAAUUGACCAUUUAGAGACUUUGGACAUUUCAAGCAAUAUGUUUGGUGGUGAAAUUCCGAGCACCCUAGGUUAUUGUGUUGGAUUGGUAAGUUUAGAAAUGAAGGAUAACCACUUCAAAGGAUCCAUUCCUCAAUCAUUUAGCUCUUUAAGAAGCAUUGAGAUAUUGGAUCUUUCGAAUAACAAUCUAUCAGGUGAGAUUCCGAAGUUCUUUGAGGCAUUUCACUUCCUAGAAAUUUUGGAUUUAUCCUAUAAUAAUUUUGAAGGCAUGUUACCAACUAAAGGAGUCUUCAAGAAUGCAAGCAUCACUUUUGUUAUCGGAAACAACAAAAUCUGUGGAGGAGUCCCUGAAUUUCAGCUACCUAAAUGCAUCUUUAGACACUCCAAGAGGGAAAGACUUGUUCGUGAAUUGAAACUUGUGUUGUCUAUUACUUUUGGACUUCUAGGGGUGGUUCUUGUUCUAGUUUGUGUGUAUAUAUGUUGGUUGAAGAGGAAGAAAACAAGAGAACCAACUUCAAGUUCCAUAGCUGAUACUUGGAAAAACUUAUCUUAUGGAACUCUCCUUAAAGCGACCGAUGCUUUUUCUUCAACUAAUUUGAUUGGCGUUGGCAGUUUUGGAUCUGUUUAUAAGGGGAUGCUUCGAGAGAAUGGGACCAACGUUGCUGUGAAGGUUCUUAAUUUAACGCGUCAUGGUGCUUUGAAGAGCUUCAAAGCUGAGUGCGAGGCUUUGAAGAAUAUAAAACAUCGAAAUCUUUUGAAGGUAUUGACAGUGUGCUCAGGUACUGAUUAUGCUGGGAAUGACUUUAGGGCUUUGGUCUAUGAGUUCAUGGUCAAUGGUAGCCUCCAAGAGUGGUUGCACCCGUCUCCAAUGCUUGUAGAUGCAAAUGGGCCUUCAAAAAAUUUGAGUCUUGUCCAAAGGAUAAAAAUUUCCAUUGACAUUGCUUUUGCAUUGGAUUAUCUUCAUAACCAAUGCCACAGUGCCAUCGUUCAUUGUGAUCUAAAGCCAAGUAAUGUCCUUUUAGAUGCUGAGAUGGUCGGACAUAUAGGUGACUUUGGAUUGGCAAAAAUCCUCCUUGAAUCCACAUCUUACACAAGCACAAAUAUAAGCUCAGCUGGUUUGAGAGGAACAAUUGGUUAUGCUGCUCCGUUAUGGCAUACUCUUGUUAGAGAUGUUCACAGUCUCGGGCCCACAGCUGAGAUAUUCAAAGAAAAUUUGAACCUACAUAGUUUUGUUAAGGAUGCUUUGCCCGGACGAGUCCUGGAAAUUACCGAUCCCAUUCUAGUUCGAGAGGUGGAGAGCCAUGCAAGCGAAAGUAGAAAGAGCACGCUUGGAUUGUCUGCUAAUGGUCUACCGAAUUGGGAUCGCCCGCUCGCUUGGAGUCCCAGGAGAGCGAACGAGCAUUACGAUGUAGCAGCUCAACUAUGUUCAAUUAGGGACAAGCUUUACGCAGCCGGCUUACAAGGAGAGGUAACACACUAA